AACACACACACACUCACGUAAAAGAAAAGAAAACUCACCGGGAAUGUCGUGAAAAGGAUUUUUGCAUUUUUCCGUGUUGUGAAUUUCAGCAAAUAGUUCACCCACUGUGGGGCACAAGAGGAGUGUUUGAGAAAGUGCCCGUGAGUACGUUGCUUGAGACGAGCAAACAAACGACCGCGAACAGAGCGCAGCUCCCCUAAAUUACGUGUUAUUCGGCAUUUUAAAAAAUCCAUACACACAGUUCCCUCCUCUAAUCCGUGCGAGUCGGACGCUGAGACGCUCAUCUCGUGAUUAAAUUGACGACGUUCAUUCACCAACUCAGUUGGUCGCAAAAAUUCAAUUUAACAAUUCUCAGUGCGUGGGCAAAUUCUAUAUGUGGGGCACGCAGUAGAGGCGGUGCACUUUUAGUAUGAGCAAAAGUGAUAAGAAAUCGAUAAGAUAACGCGUGUUCGACCAAAGUGUCUUAAGUCGUGUGAGGAGGUGUCUGUCUCUCUUCUUAAAUUUUAUGUGGUCUUUUGGUGUGUUUUAUAGUCUAGUUUAAUUUCUAUUAGAAAAAAUUAAAUAAAAAGAGGAAGAGUGCAAAAAUGCAGCAGAGGAGUGAAAAAUCUGGCACGCGAGACGAGAUGGCAGCGAAGAAGAUCGAAAGUGUUGUCCCCAAACAAAAACAUGAGCUACUAAAAUGGAAUGGAUGGGGCUACAAUGACUCCAAGUUCUACCUGAAUUCCGAUAAAAUAAUAGCAUUUAGUGGUUUGAGAUAUCCAAUUGGUGAACAAGACUUACCGAAUUUCACCAAGUGGGUGCUGAAGAAAUUCCACGUGGAUUUGGAUAAUCCACAGAGAUCACAGGACAUUCCGCAAAAUCUUCCUGAAUCCCGCGUUAGUGAAGAAUUUCUCGAAAAUUUGAAAAAUUUGCAAAUUGACUUCUCAACAAAUGGACUGGAUCGAUUAAUUCGAUCACACGGACAAACCCUCUAUGAUAUCCACACGCUCCGUACGGGAUCCUUCGAAAGGAUCCCCGAUGCGGUAGUCUGGCCAACAUCGCAUGAAGCCGUUGUUGAUCUCGUGGAGCUGGCGAACAAUCUCAAUGUAGUCCUGAUUCCCUAUGGCGGAGGAACGAGUGUUUCGGGGGCCAUUACCUGCCCACAGGAUGAGCAGCGUCCAAUUGCAGCUGUAGACAUGUGCCAGAUGAAUCGAAUGCUGUGGCUGGACAGAGAAAAUCUCGUUGUUUGCUUUGAGGCUGGAAUUGUGGGUCAAGAUCUCGAGAGAGAACUCCGCAAGCUCGGCCUUACGGUUGGACAUGAACCUGAUAGCUAUGAGUUCUCAACCCUUGGCGGAUGGGUAGCCACCCGGGCGAGUGGCAUGAAGAAAAAUGUCUACGGGAACAUUGAGGAUCUCGUGGUUCGCGUUAAGAUGGUGACAAGUAGAGGAGUGCUGGAGAGGAGUAUUUCAGCUCCUCGAGUCUCCUGUGGUCCGGAUUUUAAUCACAUAAUCAUGGGAUCUGAAGGCACACUGGGAAUUGUCACGGAAGUCCUUCUAAAAGUUCGCCCAUUGCCACCAGUUAAGCGCUAUGGAUCCCUCGUAUUCCCGGACUUUGCAUCAGGGGUGCGUUUUAUGCGUGAAGUAGCCAAAAGACGUUGCCAACCAGCUUCAAUUCGUCUCAUUGACAAUGAACAAUUCCAAUUUGGGCAGGCUCUCAAGCCCGAAGGGAGCUUCCUCUCCGGCUUUGUGGAGAAGCUCAAGAAGGCCUAUCUCUUUGGGUGGAAGGGAUUUGAUAUUGAGAAAAUAUGCGUGACAACGCUGCUAUUUGAGGGGCAUGCAAAUGAUGUGAAUACUCAGGAAAAACUCAUCAAUGAAAUUGCCAAAAAAUUCGGAGGGAUUCCUGCUGGUGCUCAAAAUGGUGAAAGAGGAUACGUCCUUACCUUCGUUAUCGCCUACAUUCGGGAUCUGGGCUUGGAUUUCAACGUCGUGGCGGAGUCAUUUGAGACAUCGGUGCCAUGGGAUCGGUGCGAGGCUCUCUGUGAAAAUGUUAAAGAGCGAGUACGACAGGAAUGUGCAGCACUCCGCAUUAGCAACUAUUUAAUUUCGUGUAGAGUGACACAGACGUACGAUGCCGGAGCCUGUGUUUACUUCUACUUUGGCUUCAAUACUUUCGGCAUGGCAGACCCGGCGCAUGUCUAUGAAGAAAUUGAGAGCAAAGCCCGUGACGAAAUACUUUCUUCCGGUGGAACAAUUUCCCAUCAUCACGGUGUGGGGAAGUUGAGGAAAAAAUGGUAUCCUCAGAGUAUCUCAUCGGUCGGUUUGAGCCUCUACAAUGCAACGAAGAAGGAACUUGAUCCUAAAAAUAUUUUUGCCGUAGGGAAUUUGAGUGACAAAACAUUGGCUAAGUUGUAAUUGAGAUAUUUUUCAUAACUUUUUCUUUGCAAUUUUCAUGGAAUUUAGUGUCAUUUUAUUCAUCAUAUAAGUCCUUAUAAAUAUAGUUAAACAUUCCCAUCUUGGUUCGUAUUUGCGAUAAUAUAUUUAUAUGUGAAUUCAUUAGUACAAAGAUGCCAUUUGUUUAAGUGACAAGUGGAGGAGAAAGCACAUGUGAAAUAUUGAUAAAUUACAGUGGAUGGCACAACAAAUGUAGACACACACACACGGUUUAUUAACUCAAAUAUUAUCCUUUCAAUUUAUUCCAUUUAAUACGUAUCGUAUACGUAUUCAAUUUUUUCCCUCUUUCUUCUAAAUCUUAGAUCUUACCGGAAAUCUUGUAAAACUUUUUUAUUGAACUUUCUUUGUAGAAAAAAAAUUAUAUAACUCUGAUCCCAAUCAAAUUAAUCCGCGAGAGAGUCUCCAAAAGAUACGAAAAUAAACCAUUUAUAGCCUUGCUUUACGAUUAUACUCUUCCUGUGCUCAGUUAGUUUACUUUAUAACCUGUGCCAAAAAUGUUUACAAAAUCGCAAUAAAAGCCAUUAAAAAAUAAAUUACCUACUUAGGAUUUUUAAAGGUUUUCUAACUAUUAAUUAAUCGACAUGUAUCAUCUUAAUGUGAGCUGCGUUUAAUUAGGUACUACAAAUUGUAUAAUUUAUUUUUUUCUGCGCCCUUGCUGAACAGGCCCUAAAUUUUAAUUACACUGGGAAUUUAUUUUGCAGCCUUGUGCCUAAAAUGAGAUUUUUUUCGCUCAGAAUUUUGAAUUAAAAUUUUCCCUAAAUGGUCUUAGAAAUUAUUUUUAACACUUGGAGGACAAAACUGGUAAUCGCUGCCAAAUCUUUUUUUUAACCUUUGGAGGAUUUUUCUGGACAAAGUGGUCAAUUCGACUUUUUUUAAUCGCCAUAUAAUUAAAAUCUAUUAAACAUUUCUUGAUGAAUUCUACAUCUGUUAUAUAGGGAAGUUUCAUUACUACAAUAUCGUCGAAAGAAAACUUAAAAAAAAUUCUUUUGAUAGAAAAUUAAGAUCAAACUUUUGAGGUUAGAAACCUCGAUCCUCCAAGUGUUAAUGCGCCAUAAGUUAAAAUCUAUCCAACUUAUCUAGAUAAAUUCUACAUCUAUGUAUGUGUUGUGUAGGCGACUUCAAAUACUAGAAGUUCGUCAAAAGAAAAUCGUAAAAAACGUUUUCUUUUUAAUCGAAAAUUAAGCUCAAAGUUUGAGGUUAGAAAUUCCUGUUCUCCAAGUGUUAAAGAAAGUAAAGCAAUAAGAAAUAAAUUGCGAGAUUUUACGUUGUAAUAUGACCGUAAAUCUCUAUCUCAGAAUACCAAAUCUUGAAAUAUUUCAAAUUUCCAAGAUUAUCUUGAAAAUUUCUUGGAACCUUAUAGUAGAAUACAAAAUAUUGGUUUUUUUCUUUAUUUUUGUUCUUGUUAUUUAUCUCAGAAUACUACCAAAAAUCAACAUUGAAUAAAAUUUGUAGAAUUAUUUAGGUAUUGUAAGUUGUUCAGCAAAUUCUCAAUGUACAGAUUGUUUUUUUAGUAACAAAAUUAAUAUGUAAUUAUUUACAUAAAUAAUUUUACACAUUUUGUGCGAUUGUGUUGAUAAUUUUGCCAUCAACUGUAAUAAAUAUUCAAUUGUAGACAGAAAAAAAAGUGUUCCCAAAAUGCUGGUGUAGAGAAAAUGCGCUAAAAUGUAGGCAAAAAGCAACAUUCAAAAGAUUCAAAGAAAAAAUAAAAUAAAUACCCGUCGAUAGUAUACAAAUCAAAGAGUUUCAGGGAUUUUAUUAAAUACAACAGAUAAAUUUAUAUACAUUGCAAUAAUUUCUAAAAACUAGGAUGUUGUAACUGUAUUAUUAGUAAUUAUAUAUUAGAUAGCAUAAUCACAUUUGCCACUAACUAUUAAAGCUACUCUUAUUUACACACAG